AUGUUAAAUAAACUUGGUGGUUCGGAGUCAGAUUUGAAUGACAAAAUGCAGUCAUUAAAACAUGAUGUAAAGUCAACUUUUGCUUCGGUUGUUAGUCAAGAAGUCAAAAAGAACGUUGACGUUCUUAAUGCCGAAGUUAAAAAUGUACAUAAAACUUUGAUUGAAGCGUCCGAUGUGAAAGAUAGAGAAACAAAUAUAAUGUUAUUUCGACUGCCGGAAGGUGUCAACGAUAAAGAGCGAGUUUUCAAAAUUUUGAAUCAUUUAACGGAUGACGCCAUGUCUGAUAAAAAUGUUCUAAAAAUUGUGAGAUUGGGUAAAAAAACUGAUGGCACGUCGAGACCUUUGCUUAUCAUGUUGGACAAUAUCGCUGUUAAGAGCUCUGGUUGA